AUGUUGAGGAAUUCCUCUAGUGCCACUGAAUUUUUUCUCCUAGGCUUCCCUGGCUCCCAAGAAGUAUGCCAUGUCCUUUUUGCUACUUUCUUCUUCUUGUACUCAGUGACAGUAAUGGGAAACACAGUUAUCAUUGUCACUGUCUGUGUUGAUAAACGCCUGCAUUCGCCUAUGUACUUCUUCCUUGGUCACCUCUCUGUCCUGGAGAUCCUGAUCACAUCCACUGCUGUCCCUUUUAUGCUCUGGGGGUUGUUGCUUCCAAAGACUCAGACAAUAUCUUUGACUGCAUGUGCUGCACAACUAUAUUUGUACCUUUCUUUGGGUACCUCAGAGUUGGCAUUAAUGGGAGCGAUGGCUGUGGACCGUUAUGUGGCUGUCUGCAACCCUCUGAGGUACAACAUCAUUAUGAACAGCCGCACCUGCAUCUGGGUAGUAGUUGUGUCAUGGGUGUUUGGGUUCUUUUCUGAAAUCUGGCCAGUCUAUGCCACGUUUCAGCUUACAUUCUGCAAAUCAAAUCUGUUAGAUCAUUUUUACUGUGACCGAGGGCAAUUACUCAAGCUAUCCUGUGAUGACACUCUUUUCACAGAGUUUAUUCUAUUUUUAAUGGCUGUUUUUAUUAUCAUUGGUUCUUUGAUCCCUACAAUUGUCUCCUACACCUACAUCAUCUCCACCAUCCUCAAGAUCCCCUCAGCCUCCGGCCGAAGGAAAUCUUUCUCCACAUGUGCCUCCCACUUCACCUAUGUCGUGAUCGGCUAUGGCAGCUGCUUGUUCCUGUAUGUGAAACCCAAGCAAACGCAGGCGGCUGAGUACAACAGGGUAGCAUCACUGCUGGUUUUAGUGGUGACCCCUCUUCUGAACCCUUUUAUCUUCACCCUCCGCAAUGACAAAUUCAUACAGGCCUUUGGAGAUGGCAUGAAACGCUGCUAUCAACUCCUCAAGGAUUAG